AUGUUUUAUUCUUUGGAGCGCCAAGCCGAGGCUCGGACUCGCAGUGCCUACAAAACUAUCUAUAAGAACGUACGACAGUGCUUAUUGCCCUGCUGGCUAGGUUUCUGCUUCUCCCCUACUCGGGAUGCCGGACCCUACGUAUCUAAGAUUAUGGUGAUGUGUGGCUAG